AUGCCGGCUAUUCUAAGAGACGAUGGAAGAGACAAAAAUAAUGAAGGAGAAGCGAUGGGCAAAUUAACCAUGUUGGUGGAUUUAUUGUCGCAAAGAAUGGAGUCUAUGAUCAUCAGAUUGGACAAUAUAUUGUUGUCACAGCAAGAUCAACAGGAUCGAAUCACUAUGCUGCAGUCUAAUUUAAACAAAACCAUGGGCGCUGACAAAACAACUUUGCAGAACCGAAGGGUUAAUCUGAAUGAGUCACGAUGUGGGCUACCGAAUGAUGCAUAUGCAGUGGAGCAACCACAAGUAGCAUCCAAGGAAACAGGUACUUUUAAUAAUACUGUAAUACAAUCAAUAAAUAUACCUAGUAGCCGUGGGCAGCAAACUACAGUGAUUGUGGCAGAUGGUAACGUGAAUAAUCAAGUUAACAAUGCUAAUAUGGCAUCGGUAGACCCAGAGACUUGCACUAAUGACAGAAUUCUGAUUGAUCAAACAAAUGUAAGAGAAUCAUCUCAAAUGCCUAAUUUGAAAGACUGGCUAAUUUUACCAAUAGGUCUUUUCAAAACUAAUCAAAUAACAAGUGAGCUAAAUGCAACAGAGAAUAGUAAAGCUGCAAUAUCUAACCUGCUUAAUGAAUUAGAUGAAAAUAUGUUGAAACAUAAAAAAUUGACCUUAGAAAUCGAAUAUUUCCAAGAAUGCUUAAAAGCAGAAAUAGUGCCAAAAGGCCUUAGAAGUUGGUGGUAUCCAACAGGUUUAGUACCUGGUUCACAAUUUCAUAAAGAUCUGAUCCACUUAUUUAACCAACAAGGCUUUCAAUUAAUGCAGACUAUGAUCAAGCAUUAUUCGCUCACCCUUAAAGAGUUGGGAGAUAAAAUAGAGAAACUGGAUUCCACUAUAAAACAACAUUCUGAUUUUAUUAGAUAUAAAUAUGACUACUUGCGAGUAUUUCACAGCAUAGAGCAACAUAUAGAAAAAAUAAAGAAAACGAAAAUCAAAAAAUUGGAAAGAGACAGAGGGCAAUAUGAUAAAGGGAUAGCAUAUCCAUUGCCCUCAUCGAAACAAGUAUGGCAGAAUAAUCAUUUAGAUUCAUUAGAUCUUUUUAUGGAAAACAACAAUGAAAAUGAGUCAAGAAUAAAUGAUAAUAAUAUUAGUAACAAUCACCAUGAAUAUCAGUCUAAUCCUUCUACUUCUGAAUCAUCACGACAUCAAGAUCAGAAUAUUGCGGAACAAAAUCCAGUAAGAAGAAGUGAACGGAUAAAAAGUUACAAUAACAUUAACAAUUCUAGAGCAGAAGUAGCUAGUGGACCAACUACUUUUACUAAUAAUAAUAAUAAAAAUAAGGGUUUUCAGAAAUAUACGCAGAGGAAGCGAUGGAACAGGAAGAGGAAUCAGAACAACAGGAGAUGA